AGUGUGUGAAUGUGAGUGUGAAUGUUGUCUGUCUAUCUGUGUUGGCCCUUGGAUGAGGUGGCGACUUGUCCAGGGUGUACCCCGCCUUCCGCCCGAUUGUAGCUGAGAUAGGCUCCAGCACCUCCCGCGGCCCCGAAGGGAAUAAGCGGUAGAAAAUGGAUGGAUGGAUGGAUGUGGAAAACAUUAAAUAAUGAUAUGGACCACUUUAAAUGAUAAUGCAAGCAUAAUUUAAUGGUGAUGCAGGCCACCUUAAAUGAUUAUCGCUUAUACGUGUCAAACCUAAGACUUGGGGGACAGAUCAGGCCCGCAUCAUAAAAUAUGUUCCACAGAAUCAUUUUACACAGCAUGCAUCAUCAUUUAAAGUGCCCCACAUCCUCAUUCAAUGUUGCCUGCAUCAUCAUUUUACAUGGCCCGCAUCGUUUAUCCUAGCCCGCAUCAUCAUUUCAUGUUGCCUGCAUUUAUUUUAACAUGGCAUGCUUCAUUUAAAGUCGCCUGCAUCAUCAUUUAAUUAUGCUUGCAUCAUCAUUUUAAGCGGCCCGCAUUAUUGUUUAUACGUGUCAAACUUAAGACCUGGGGGACAGAUCUGGCCCGCAUCAUAAAAUGUGUUCCACAUCAUUUUACACAGCAUGCAUCAUCAUUUAAAGUGGCCCACAUCCUCAUUCAAUGUUGCCUGCAUCAUCAUUUUAUACGGCCCGCAUCAUUUAUCCUAGACCACAUCAUUUAAUAUUGUUUGCAUCAUUUUAAGUGGACCGCAUCAUCAUUUAAUGUUGCUUGCAUCAUUAUUCUAAGUGGCCCACAUCAUCAAUUAAUGUUGCUUGCGUCAUCAUUUAAAGUCGCCUGCAUCAUCCUAAUUACUUAUGCUUGCAUCAUCAUUUAAUGUGGCCCGCAUCAUCAUUAAUUUUAACCCGUGACCCAUCACUUCAUUCAAUGUGGCCUGGCACAUCAUUUAUUGUUGUCGGCUUCAUCAUUCAAUGUUAUCAUCAUUGAAGUGGCCCACCAUCUCAUUAACUGCGGCCUGCAUAAUCAUUUAAUAUUGCUGAGUCACAUCAUGUAAGUGCCGCGCCUUGUAUUUUAACACCACCCGCCACAUUUUGAAUGUGGUCCACCACCUCAUUUAUUUGGCCUGCAAAAGUCUGGAGAUGAUAAAUCCUCUUUUGGUUACAUGUGUUCUUCCAAUGUAAAACCAGGCGGUUAUAUCUUUGUCUUGGUAUGUUGUCACGGUUACAGCAACAAAAAGAGCUUGAUGGUACCUUGAUGUGCUUGCUGAUGUCCACCUCGCACGGCCUCAGGUUGCACAGCCGCGACUCCUUGACCGGCUCGCAGCGCUCGUUGGCGUUGGAGACCCUCAGAGACAAGCCGCGGCCGCAGGUCUUGGAGCAAGGACUCCAGGAGGUGGUCUGGCUCACGCAGUUCUUGUGCCAGCUGCUCAGCUCAGCCGGGGGGGCUUUGGAGACCAGGAGAAGUUCAACAACAAACACAUGGUCCCACCUGUUGAAUCCCGACUGCGGUUAGAAUCCACAAGAGGAGCCAACUCAUCCCUGGUGCCAGCAGUCCUCUACUCCUCAGUCCACAUCCUCCUCCAGCACCUCAGCGCCACACACUGCCAGGACCACAACUGGCGACCUGUUCAAAGUCCAUGAGGACACGCCCCCUUUCUCUGGACAGCUCCUCCUCUCCUUCUAAAACUCCUCCCACUCUGGCUCUCCUCCUCCUGGAGUCCCAGGCACAGACAUCAAGAAUACCACUCUAAAAUACAACAUGCCCUCCAUAAGAUCCUCUCUCAUCCCAGAGUGAAAGCCCCACAGUCAAGUGGUGUUUGGGAAAGUCAAGUGCAGAGUGGGACAUCCACCUGAGAGAGGACCACGUUUUAGGACGCCUGCAGGCAAACUUGCAAAGGUGGCCCCUUCAAAAAAAUACUUUCAUAUUGUGCGACUGUCAGGUGCAACACUUCUUGAUUAUUACAGGAAGUGUGUUGUCAGUCCCGAGCAGACUCUUGACAAGUCAUUACUCUCCUCGACACUAAGGAGCCUACACCUCCGCCACCAGGGCCGCUGCGAUGGCUCCUCACGUCUCUCUUGAUGUCAAAACGGGCCAAGUUUGAUUCGGGUGGAGGAUGGGUAACGUGAUGCGAGGCGUGGGCAUCCGUCCCAAAGUCGACGUGACAGACCCUGGCAACCCUCAAAGAGGGUCAGAGGACAGCCUGAUGGUAGUGCUCACAGACUACCCGUCUCCAGACAUCGGCAAGCCCAUCUUCAAGAUGGGGGAGAAGCUCAGCCUCAUCUCGCAAGACGCCUACUGGUGGAAGGUUAGUUCCAUUCAGACGGGAAAGAAGAACUACAUCCCCGACAGUCAUGUGGCCAAAGUGUACCACGGUUGGCUGUUCGAGGGGGUGACGAGGCAGAAGGCUGAGGAGCUGCUGCUUCUACCUGGGAACGUGGUGGGCUCCUUUCUGGUACGGGAGAGCUCUGUGGAGCGCGGUAUGUACGUGCUCUCGAUCAGGCACAGCCCCAUGAAGCACUAUCGCAUCUACAGGCUGGACAACAGCUGGUACUACAUCUCCCCUCGCCUCACCUUCCAGUGCCUGGAGCACAUGAUCAACUACUAUUCUGACUUUGCGGACGGCCUUUGCUGCGUGUUGACCUCUCCGUGUCUGUCCGACCGAACAAUUCCACCAGCGGGUGAGGCACCGGUCGUCAUGAAGAGCCACUUUGACUGGAAUAAAAUAAACAGGACGCAGCUGACCACCACCGGCGGCCACGAUGACGACAUGGUGAGCUACGGCAUCAGGAACAGCAUGGCCGACCACUUGUCCUUUUCGAGGUACCACAAGGGAACCCAAGGCACGGGGAUGGAAAACAGGAAGAAGAAGAGCAGAUCUGUUUACGCAUUGCCGGAAAACGGCCUGGACAACAUCGACUAUGACGCCCUGUAGGGGCCGCCGUAAGACUUCUUGUACACAAGAAACUAACUAUGCUUUUGUGUUAAGUUACGCCACCCCCUCCAAUACCGUGUGUAUAGGAGUCAUUCUGAUGGCGUCCACAAAUGGUGUGCACCAAACAAGCAGACCACUCUCCACGUGCAAGUGAACUCUGUUGCGCUUCGGUUGCCUUGUGUUCUAACGAAACACGAUUCACUGUGAAUUUCCUUAAAACGUCCGACCUUUAGCGGACUUUUCCUUGCUGCCCUGAAGCCGAUUGCUAUCUUAGCGAUUCUUUUAAGACAGAGACGUCAAAGUGGUUUUCACAUCGCAGUUAUGCUUGGCCCCAGAGGGCCGCUUCUAACAGUGAAUACUAUUAUUGUCAGAAUAAUUGUAUCUAAGUUAUCACAAAACUUUGUUUCAAUGAGUUCCCUGCGAGCAGACAAAAGCUGUCUUUGAUCUUACCAAUCAAAAGGCUUGUAAAACUCCACUGUGUAGGAUGGGAAGAGACAUGAAGGUGUCGGUUUCUUUGAUGUAUUGUAAUCCACAGGAAGAUUUUGUCUUGACCCGAGAUCUACAAAGCGGAGAGGAAGCAGGACCUGACCCCCCACCGAGCACCUUUUCUUUGAACUGUUUUGUAAUCAAAGGUGACGGCUGUUUACGACCCCCCUCCCUUAGAAACAGCUGUUGCCAUAUAAUCAGGGAAAGUCCAAAUAAAAGAGGAGGCGUACAAUCUUUGGUCAGAGCGUGGUGGGAGACUGUCGAAGAGUACAGCCCAGACGUUUCUCCUCAAUUGAGCUAAAUCCGUCAGUCUACCCCAGGGCAGCUGUGGCUACGAAAGUAGCUUACCACCACCAGGUGUGAAUAAAUGAUGGGUUUUUAACAUGUAAAGCGACUUUGGGUACUUAGAAAAGCGCUAUAUAAAUCCCAGGUAUUAUUAUUAUUAUUAUUAUUAAAUUGAAUUCUGUCUGUUUAAUUCCUUGCAUCUUGUCUUGUUUAAUAGAUGUCAUCAGUGUUUGAACCUGACAAUUACUACAAUUUGUUUUAAUGCAUUUCAUUAGUAGAUGUUUUAAAAACUAAAAUGUCCAAAAAAGAUGGUAAGUUGCAAUAAUUUCACCUCAAAA